UUCAAGGCAAAAGUGCACCGCCACAUGUCUGACGCCAGUAAAAAAAGUGGUCCCCAUUUUCUGGUGGGGUCGUUGCGAGAGCACCCCUCCAUGCCACAUCACGUGCUGGGUGCUAUCGAGACAGCUGUACUGUAUGUAUAGCCUGGGCCAUCACCAACGGUAUAGACGACGGGCGGCUCAGUAGACGGACAUACGAACCGAAAUCGACAAAAUGGACCCCUACUCAGCAGAAGGUGAAUUGGUUAACAUCCAUAACCAUUUCCACCAAGGCCAAUAUCAGGAAGUCGUCGACUUCGAUACCUCCGCCUUCUCUCCUGAGAAUGCCAUCCCCGCCAAGGUAUUAGUCCUGCGCUCGAAGGUUGCUUUGGGACAGGCCAAGGAGGUUCUCAGCGAGGUCAAGGGCGCAAAGGAGCCAGAAUUUGAAGCCGUUGGUGCUCUCGCACAACAGGCUCUCGGCAAGGAGGACGACGCUGUCAAGACGAUUGAGAAGCUUGCCGCUUCAGCGGGCGACAACACAACCGUCCAAGUAGUUGGAGGUACCGUCUUACAGGCUGCUGGAAAGUCGGAAGAGGCAAUUGCGCUCUUGUCGCAGCACCAGGGUAGCCUUGAUGCCGUCGCUUUGAUCGUGCAGAUCCACCUUCAGCAAAACCGAACCGACCUUGCGAUCAAGGAAACUACUGCUGCCAGAAGAUGGGCGCAGGAUAACCUGCUGGUAAACCUUGCCGAAUCUUGGGUCGGCUUGAGAGUCGGCGGCGAGAAGUACCAACAAUCUUUCUACGUUUUUGAAGAGCUUGCUCAAGCUCCUGCUACAUCUUCUGUUGGCAGCCUUGUCUCACAAGCUGUUUGCGAGCUACACCUUGGACGUGUUGAGGAAGCACAGGCUGCCCUUGACCAAGCUCUCGAGAAGGAGCCGGGUAACGUACACGCCAUUGCCAACACACUCGUCUUGGCUACUGUCACCGGCAAAGACUCUGCUGAACUUUCUGCCUCGUUGAAGAAGGCCGACCCCAAGCACCAAUUGCUCACCGAUUUGGCGGAGAAGAGCGACGCCUUCGACAAGGCUGCCUCAAAAUACAAAGCAAAGGUUGCGGCUUAAUUAUAAGGAUAGAAAAAAGAUGACGAUAAUGACUUGUGUUUAUGUGCGCGAUAUAGGAUCAACUACAGCAAGCUAUCUGUGAUGUGCCUUGAAAUAAACAACUCAUGAUAUCAGCAUUUAGUGACAGUAUUUCUCCCUUUUUCGUUGACAUCCAUCUUCAGGACCCGUGCUACUCAAAUAUUUCUUUUCGCGGUUUUGUUGUCUUCGAGUUCCUCGUCAGGAAUCCAGAGAUAUGCCCUGACAUUGCUCUAGAAUGUCACCACAUCUCUUGGUUCGACAGAUUCCGAGGCUUUGGGCCCAGUGAAGAUAAGGGUGUCUCGGCAGAGUUCGUAGCUAUCGGAAAAGCUAGUAGUGGUUUUCUCACAAGUCGUAUUGUCGUUGUUUAAAUCUUGCAAAGCAACUGGCACGCGGUUGGGCGGCUUUGAGUCGAGUUCUUCGGAUUUUGAAGUUUGAGAAGGACAAGCCAAAUCCGCAGUCGAGGUAGAAUCUAGUGGAUAGGCCGGUGUGGCUGGCCAUGUUUCCAUCCAAGCAACGAUAGAUCUAACUGAAUCGUGAUUGCCAUUUGCGUACAAAGAUCGAGGAAGCUUCAGUCGGCUACCAGAGCGCUGCCCACGUCCAACGGAGCAGCUGUCAAAGGUUGUUGUUCCAGCGUAGGAUACAUCAUCGUUUGCUAUUUGGGCUGGAACAUUGCGAAUAGUUGGAUGGAAAUUCGUACCACUCAUAGGAUUUAAAGCAGGCAAUUACGAAAAGCCUGGUAUUAUGAUUUGAAAUCCAGCGAGAGGUGAGAGGUGAAGAAGGUGAGUUGACUGUGACGUGAACCCGCAUGAACGCAUUGUUUUAUAGUAAUAUUCGUGCAUCUGAAAGGAUCAAACAGAAACUGGAUUCCAAAAAAGUCUUCUAUUGGUCUAUGGAAGUCAUGAAUUUUUAAAACUCCGUUUGGGAUAUUCUGCCCGUAGUGAAUACCUCAGUUCCGCUGAAGAUAGUCCGUUCCCACAGUACAAAAUUCCAUUUACAUGCCGCUAAUUUCAAACAUUAUUUUGCUUAUUUCUUCUUGUUGGGGAACUUGGGGCUGCCAAUGUCAGCACCACGGAGCUUGACGUUCAGAAUACGCUCCAUGUUGCCCAGAACCUUCUGGUCGGGGGCACCGCUGCCGCGCUCGAGGUCGGCAACGAUGGACUGUGUGGUGUUGCACUUGGUGGCGAGGUCCUUCUGGGUCAUCUUGGGUUCCAUGGCCUGACGUGCCUGGGAGAUGACGUCGCCAACACGCUUGCCGACGGUGUUGGGCUUGAUGAUCUCAUCGCUACGGUCGACCUUGGUGAGUCGCUGGCCUUCGGCACCGCCGCUGGACUAUAUUGGACGUGUUAGUUUUCUGUUUCUGGUUCAAGUAGACGGCUAAUAAUUGGGCGAGCCAGAGGUAAUCAGACACCAGCGUUGAUCUGGUUCCUCAUCACUCCCCCGGCACCCCCAGAUCAAACACUUACGGCAUUGGCUGAGGCGUAUUUCUUCUCGGUGGAAAUGGCGGCACCAGCACGCUUGGCAGCAUUCAGAGCACUGCCCUUGACAACUGUCUCACGAGCGACACCAGCGCCGUUUCCACGAACGCGGCUACCAAUCUUGGUGGCGGAGUCCCAGUCGUCAGACAUGUUUGCUGUCGGUGAAGGUUUGAACAGGUGGUGGGAUGUGGCGGGGUAAAACGUGAUCGGCUCGAUUGGCGGAAUGCGAGUCGAAAAUCAGUGCGUAGGUUGGUAUUUUGCUUGGUCGACGAAUACUCAGCGGCGCACGGCGUGAAAUUUAUAUGAAGAUGCAGAAGUCAAGGCUGAUCAGGGUCAGGGUGGCCAGAGUUGAGUCAAUCGGCAAAAGGUUCUUCGUGGGGCGCCACGGC